AACCAAUGAAAACAGGGAAAUAAAAUCAACAUAAAAGAGGGCCAAAAUCAAACAUGUUCUGGAAACGCCAAGCGGAGGAGGUGUGUUUUUAGGUGACUCUUAAAGACUGGCAGAGAGGGGGACAGCCUAACGGAGGGUGGCAACUGGUUCCAGAGUGACGGUGCUAGGACUGAGAAAGCCCGGUCCCCACGGGUACGACACCUAGAACGAGGGACAGCGAGCAGGCCUUGGUCAGAGGAGCGCAGAGCGCGUGAUGGGGAAUGUCUGUUCAGGAGUGUAGCUAGAUAGGGGGGAGCACCACCCUGGAAGAAAUGAUAAACAAAGACGAGUAUUUUGAAUUGUGAGCGAUAGGAAAUCGGAAGCCAGUGCAGGGAGGCCAGAACUGGACUGAUGUGGUCCCGUUUCCUGGUCCCAGUCAGGAACCUGGCAGCGCUGUUCUGCACAACCUGUAGGCGACGCAGUGAUGACUGACACAACCCUGCAUGGAGAGAGUUGCAGUAAUCAAGCCUAGAAAUUACAAAGGCAUGCAGUACCCGCUCCAGGAAAAACAGUACGUGGGCUUUGCCACUCUGCCCAACCAGGUCCACAGGAAGUCUGUGAAGAAGGGUUUUGAUUUCACUCUGAUGGUUGCAGGGGAGUCUGGGAUGGGAAAAUCCACUCUGGUUAACAGCCUCUUCCUCACCGACCUCUACAAAGACAGGAAGCUACUGAACGCUGAAGAACGCAUCAACCAAACCGUGGAGAUCAUCAAACACACUGUAGACAUUGAGGAGAAAGGAGUGAAGCUCAAACUGACCAUCGUGGACACGCCGGGGUUCGGAGACGCUGUCAACAACAAUGAGUGCUGGAAGCCGAUCACCGACUACAUUGAUCAGCAGUUUGAGCAAUACUUCAGGGACGAGAGCGGGCUGAACAGAAAGAACAUCCAGGAUAACAGAGUCCACUGCUGCCUCUACUUUAUACCUCCUUUUGGACACGGGCUGCGUCCUGUUGACGUGGAGUUCAUGAAGGCUCUGCAUGAAAAGGUGAACAUAAUUCCUCUCAUCGCCAAAGCCGACUGCCUCACACCAAACGAGAUCAAAAAACUUAAAGACAGAGUACGAGAGGAAAUAGACAAGUUUGGGAUCAAAGUGUACCAGUUUCCUGAAUGUGACUCCGAUGAGGAUGAGGAGUUUAAACAACUUGACAAAGAGUUGAAGGAGUGCACGCCGUUCGCUGUGAUUGGCAGUAACACCGUGGUGGAGGCGCGAGGACAGAGAGUGAGAGGAAGACUGUACCCCUGGGGGAUUGUUGAAGUGGAGAAUCAGUCGCACUGUGACUUUGUGAAGCUGAGGAACAUGUUGAUCCGCUCGCACAUGCAUGACCUCAAAGACGUGACCUGCGACGUCCACUAUGAAAACUACAGAGCGCAGUGCAUUCAGGAGAUGACCAGUAAACUGGCUCAGGACAACCGGAUGGAGAGUCCCAUCCCCAUCCUGCCUCUGUCCACUCCAGAUGUGGACACUGAGAAACUCAUCAAAAUGAAAGACGAGGAGCUGAAGAGGAUGCAAGAGAUGCUGAAUAAGAUGCAGCAGCAGAUGCACGAUAAGGACCAGUGAUGCUUCCUGGAUCAGAGCUGUGCAGCAGCGCCACCUACUGCUUCUUCCUCAAGCAACAGCGAGACCUUCGGACCUGGAAAUCAAGUGCUAGUGGCAACCUGGGCUCUGCGUUUUGGUCAGUUUGGUGCUUUGUUUUGUCUGUUCUGGCUGGAGGUGAUUUUCUCCCCUCAAACCUUUAGUUUCCCUCCAUUUUAAGGCCCUUUGCUGUUGCAUUAACACAAAUAAUAUAAAAGCAUUAUUUAAAUGACUUCUCAGUGUAUCUAAUUUAUAAUUCAAUGCUAAACAUUUUGGAUAUAAUGUGAGGGUGUUUUGUAAAGAACUGUGGGUUGAUGAGUAGAUUUGAACGUGGAUAUCGUUUCCUAUUAUGCGACUGUGUGUUUUGGUAUAUGAACUCCAAGUGUCCGUCCAUAAAACCCCUUCCGAAGGUUGCCAUGGUGACUUUAAUCGAAUAAAAACCCAACUUCUGGCUUUUUAUGCGUUUGCAAACAUUUACAUUCUCACGUAUCGCCGGUUAAAGCGGCCUCUAACUGGAGUCGGAUUGGUGGCUCAGAGUGCGAAACCCUCUAACGUGGAGAGGGCUUGUGCAGUAAAAAGCUGCUUGUGGGUUUAUUAUGUUUGUUUUAUUUUUUACUGUUUUAAAGCUGAAUCCUCGUGCUCGUGUUAAAUGCAUCCUGACGUGCAGUUUGCUUCGUCGCCGCUACAGGACGGGAAAAUAAGGAGCAAAUACUGUGUCAGUGCUUCUCUUUUGGCUUUAUCUCCUUGAAGUGAGUCAUGCCAUCGAAGCUGCCUACAUGUGGGUGUGUGUGUGCGCGCGUGUGUGUGAGUGUGACGAUGACCUGUACAUAUUUUUGCCUGAAGGCUGUGAGCUCAGUCUGUGUCCCGUUUGCAAAAUGUGACAAAUAAACUCCUCUUCUUGUC